CCCGUCGGGGGACACCCUGCAACUCCCCUGAGCUCAGUCCGUUUGGCAGUGAGUGCCUGGGGGAGGCAGGGCAGAAGAUAACACUGCUUGAAGAUCCCCAUAUUACCUCACCAGAUAAGGCAAAGGGAGGAAGACGAAGCUCGGCGAGGAGGACGCCGGACCUCUGAGAAGAGAAGACGAGUGAACUCCAGUCACACAGCUCAUCCCUGAGACCCAGGCACUGCCAGAGUGAGAGCGACUGGUUUAGUGAGCUCUCUGGUCAUUCUCAUGGCAGACACAACACUGGAGGAGGUUUUGACUCGGGAACAGGGGGAGAUGGGAGUUAGACAUCAAACGCUGAGAUGGACACAGCCAUGCAUGAGACAGGCCGUGCGCCGAGAGCCAAAGAACCAAAAUCUGGGCCUGGAGUACAAGUCAGAGCAUCAAAGACACAAAAUUCUCCAGAAAACGCGGCGAGGGAGAGGAGCCGAGUGCGAAACCUGCGCCAGGCAUUCCAGAGUCUCCAGGCUGCCUUGCCAUCGGUUCCUCCAGACACAAAGCUCUCCAAGUUAGACGUUCUGGUCCUGGCUACCAAUUACAUCGCACACCUCACUGAGACGCUGGACCAGGGGGCUGCCGGGUCAGAUCAUGCGGCGCUGCAGAGAGCUGAAGGCUACCUGCACCCUGUGAAGAAGUGGCCUAUGCGCUCUCUACUGUACUGUGGGAACAUUGGCGAGCGCCUUCCAGGAACGAACCCCAGUCAGGAGGGGUGUCAAACUCCCAGCAGCACAGACGAGGUCCAUGCAGAAUAAGCUGACGUAGAUGUCUCUAAUUACUCCUAAAGCAACAAACCCUUAUAAUUUAACUCGUAACAUCUAAUCAGGGGUGAAUCAGAUUUCAAGUAAUACAGGACACAAGUCAUUUUUUAUUAAAUUAUAUUAAUAGAUUUGAAUUAAAGAUGGCUGUUGUGUCCCUUAUUACAUGAAUCCACCCUAACAGGAGACUAUAUCCCACAGAUCCUGCAACCAAGCAAACAUCUAUCAUUAUUAUAUCUGUUUUAUCUCCAUGUUUGUUUGUUUUCUUUUCUUAACCCUGAUAUGCUAUUUAUUAACUUCCUAUAAAACGUGCACUGUUAUCCCGUUGGGAAGUACGGCUCAGUAAAAUAAGUAUAAAAUUCUUUUGUAAUAAGCCUCAUUUCAGCCAUCUGCAGCCUCCCAUCGCCUCCCUGGCACGUUUUCUCUGCUUUAAUUUGCGUGUCUAGUACUAAACGGGAGUGAAAGUCUUGAUUAGUAGAUGGGGAGGGUUGUUAUGGGGAACACUUGGCAACCGAAACAGAGGAGGACCAAUGCAUGAUUUGAUGUGCUUUUAAUCAAGUUCCCUGCAUGCAGCAGGAUUUCGAUUCAACUCCAGCACGACUCACUUAGCAAAAUCCCGAAUAAUAAUUCACAGUUGCUGGAAGUUUAUCAUCUAGAUACUAAACACGAAUGUUUUUAUAGCGUAUUCUGGUGUUCCUGGUUUUACAUGCCAUACCAAAUUCAGCCGUGUUCGUGCGCGUCGGUCAGUCAGAUCGGUUAUAAUAAGCAUCUUGUGAUCCAAAGGAUCGGGUCUUUCUUGCGCAACAUGGGCACGGCUCCAUUAGAAAUGGUACAGCGGUCAAGGCUAGCUCUAUAAAUCUGCUCAAGUGCAAGAUAAAAGCUUUCACUCUCAUGUUAAGAGCAGGAAUUGUUUCACUAAGGCAGGGGUUACGGACCACAAGAACGAGGGCAAACGUUUGCGCGUCGACGUUAUGGACAUUCCUGCUCGGCGUUCUCACCAAUUAAGGUUAGAUUUCAGUUCGUCGUCCGAGAACGCCGUGCUUCCUCAUGUAAAUCAAAUAUAUGCAAGGGGAUAAAUUAAGCAUCCUUCUGGAUGUUCACGAAGCCAGAAUAGUGUGUUCAGUACAGACAUCAAGACUGGUUUAAUCUUCUAUAUUAUUUCUUAUUUAGUCAAAUAGAUCCCUGGUUCAUUGCGUGCUCUGGUGGUCUGCUAAUGAUUAAAAUAGCUCCCCCAUCAUUAAGACCAGCACUUAGUCAUAGCUUGCUGAAUUUAUGCAGGGGUGAAGAAUAAAAGUCAGAGGAGGAAACGUGAGAGAAAAAAAAUGCAUCACAGGUUCCUCAAACGCACAGAAGGUAGACCUACCAAGACGAUGGCUUUUAACAAGGUGGUCCGUUAAAAGCUUUUUUGGGAACAACGUUUCAGAAAAGCAGAUGAUUUGUGAUUUGUAUAUUAGGAACUUUUUUUAGUCAUCAUUGAAUGAAUUUAACAGCAAGUCAAUGACAGAGACAUAAGCAUGAGAUAACAAAAUACAUAUUUAAUGACAGAGGUUGAAAUGUGACGUCAUCAAAAAUCUCACGGUAGAAACAUCUCUCCUUACAGCUUCAUAAUUUUUCAAAAAAACAAACAAACAAACAAA